AUGACUUUCUCUCGCCGUCUUCUUCCUCUCGGAGCAUCGCUCACUAGAGGGAGAUUCGCUUCCUAUCAAAUCCGAAAUGGGUUUACAAGAGGUUCUCGAGGAUUCGGGACUGAGCCGACGAUUGCUAAUCUGGCGGAGAAAUGUGCCAUUGCACUACCGGAAUGUUCUACAGAAGAGGAUGAGAUCGCGAAGAUCCGGCACGAGUUUGAGCUGGCGAAACAGAGGUUUCUCAAUAUCCCUGAAGCGCUAAAUACUAUGCCUAAGAUGAAUCCUCAAGGAAUCUAUGUUAAUAAGAAUCUCAGAUUGGAUAACAUACAAGUUUACGGAUUUGACUAUGAUUACACAUUGGCACAUUACUCCUCUGACUUGCAGAGUUUGAUCUAUGAUCUUGCCAAGCAGCAUAUGAUUAAUGAGUUUAGAUAUCCUGAGAGUUGUAUGAAAUUUAAGUAUGAUCCUACUUUUCCAAUCCGAGGACUGUACUACGAUAAACAAAAAGGAUUCCUCAUGAAAUUGGAUUUCUUUGGUUCAAUCGAGCCAGAUGGGUGUUAUUUUGGUCGUCGUAAGCUUAGUAGGGAGGAACUAGAAAAUAUGUAUGGAACACGACACAUAGGUCGUGAUCAAGCAAGAGGUCUGGUGGGAUUGAUGGAUUUCUUCUGUUUCAGCGAGGCCUGCCUUAUUGCAGACAUGGUACAAUAUUUUGUUGACGCCAAACUUGAGUUUGAUGCCUCUAACAUCUACAAUGAUGUAAAUCGCGCUAUUCAACAUGUCCAUAGAAGCGGCUUAGUCCAUAGAGGAAUUCUUGCUGAUCCUAACAGAUAUUUGCUUAAAAAUGGUCAGCUACUACAUUUCUUGAGAUCGCUAAAAGAUAAAGGAAAGAAGCUUUUUUUGCUGACCAACUCUCCAUACCAUUUUGUUGAUGGCGGAAUGCGCUAUCUGUUGGAGGAGUCUUUUGGCCUCAAAGACUCAUGGCGCGACCUUUUCGAUGUUGUGAUUGCUAAAGCAAACAAGCCAGAGUUUUACACAUCUGAGCACCCUUUCCGUUGCUACGAUUCUGAGAGGGAUACUUUGGCGUUUACAAAAGUGGAUGCAUUUCACCCAAAGAAAGUUUACUACCAUGGCUGUCUUAAAUCCUUCCUUCAAAUCACAAAGUGGCAUGGCCCUGAGGUGAUUUAUUUCGGAGAUCACUUAUUUAGUGACUUAAGGGGACCUUCAAAGGCUGGUUGGCGAACUGCUGCCAUAAUUCACGAGCUCGAGCGAGAGAUAAAAAUACAAAAUGAAGAUAGCUACCGGUUUGAGCAGGCAAAAUUCCAUAUUAUCCAAGAAUUGCUCGGUAGAUUUCACGCAACUGCAUCAAACAAUCAAAGAAGCGAGGCAUGCCAAUCUCUCUUGGAUGAGCUGAACAAGGCGAGACAGAAAGCACGGGACACAAUGAAACAAAUGUUCAACAGAUCGUUCGGAGCUACAUUUGUCACAGACACUGGUCAAGAAUCAGCAUUUUCUUAUCACAUCCACCAAUACGCAGACGUUUACACCAGCAAGCCUGAGAACUUUCUGUUCUACAAACCUGAAGCUUGGCUUCACGUUCCGUACGAUAUCAAGAUCAUGCCACAUCAUGUCAAGCCGCCGACGAAGUCUUCAGCAGAUCUACGACACAUGAUUGGUGGCCGUCAUAACCUAAAACUCGCCGCCGAAUCCUCCGGACCUGCUGGAUUCUCUUUCUCUUACCGUGUUGGUAUUUGCUUCUUCCCUCGGCUGCUCCCUCAUCUUCCACUAGCGGUUACAAAGCUAGCUCCUUCGCCCAGAUCUCACAAGUAUACUCUCAUGAUACCGGGUUUGGGUUCUGUUACUACGAGCUUCCUCGCUGUGAAAGUUCUCCGCGACGACAACUUACCUAUCAGCUUUACAUUCUCCAGCCUGCCGAAUUCCUUCACCAAGAUGGACCAGUUUGGUUGGUGGACCUGUUUUUUUUCCAUUCUUGGCUAUUAA